AUGGCGGUUCAGUUGAAAUUCUGCUUGGUUGGAGCUGCAGGGGCCAUUGCUCACCGGAAUCCACGCUCAUCGAAAUGGGAAUACCAGCGGCUACUACAGGAGCUGGAGAGCGCGUACAGCCCUUCCUCCGAUCAUGCGGCAGCGGUUGCAGUGGAACUGAGGCAGAGAAUACGCCAAGCUGGUGAGGCGUUGCAUGUUUUCCGGGACGAUAUUUAUAGAAAAGUGGCUGUGGCUUAUGGUGACAGAUCCGAGAGGGAGCAGGAUGCUGUCGCUGUUGAAGUUUUCACAAAUGGUUUGGGCGAUGCCGAUAUUAUUCAAAAACUGCUGGAAACCCGCCCAUCCACACUGGCGAGAGCUUAUGAAAUAGCUCAUCGCCAUGAAACAACGAAGAGAGCUGCAUCAUACGUCACAAGCAUCAUGCAGCCUGGGGCCCGCAACCUGAACAAGCGUAGACCCUGCACCGCUGUCGUACGGGAGACUGAGGCUGCUCCUGCUACACCACCGCCAGACCCUGCGCCAAACUGGGGACCCGGUGAUCUGGGCCGGACCAGCCUCGUCCAGCAUGACAUCCUCACCCGGCCUGGUGCUCCAGUCAAGCAGCCCCCACGCCGGCUGGCUGUGGAAAAGCAGCAGGAUGCAGACCGGCAGAUCGGUGACACCCUCAAGACCGGCCUCGCCUCACGCAGCCACAGCAGCUGGGCAUCACCCAUCGUUAUGUGGCAUCCCGAGCACCAAGCUGCUUUCGACACACUUAAGCGGCUGUUGACCACUGCUCCGGUCUUGGGUUACCCGCUAGACCAGGGCGAGAUGGUCCUCGACACAGAUGCCAGUGAUACAGGAAUCGGCGCGGUCCUGUCACAAAUGCAGGAUGGCGCGGAGCGUGUUUUAGCCUGA